UAUUCAACAUGGCGGCGUUCGAGGCCCUUUCUCGAAUGGGGAAAAUUUCUUUAAUAUUCAUCUCGAUUUUUCUAUUCAACAUGUAUAUAGCUACGGCGUCCACAAUAAGAGGAGUGGCACUUACUAGGUUACCAUUUUAUGAUCCAUCCAAGGACUUCACCUGUUUGGAUAAAUCUGUGACUGUUCCAUUUAGUAGUGUAAAUGAUGAUUUUUGUGACUGUGCUGAUGGGACAGAUGAACCAGGCACAUCAGCUUGCACUAAUGGAAAAUUUCACUGUACAAAUGCUGGCUUCAGACCCUUAAACAUUCCAUCUUCCAGAGUCAAUGAUGAAUUAUGUGACUGUUGUGAUGGUAGUGAUGAAUAUGAUGGUACUGUGACCUGUCCAAAUACUUGCAAGGAACUUUAUAAAGAGUUGUACCAAAAACAGAGAGAAGAAGCUGAACUGGCAAAGCAGGGGCUUGCUAUAAAACAAGAUUACAGUCAGCAAGGUCAGGGAAAGAAAGAGGAAAGAAAGCAAAAGCUUGAAGAAUUGAAAAAAGAGCUGGAGGAGAAGAAAGCUAUUGUUGAAAACUUGAAAGCUAAAAAAGAGGAAGUUGAAGCAGUUGAAAAGGAAGCUAAGGAUAAACAUGAAAAGGAGUGGGAAGAAACCAAAGCAAAAAUUGUGGCAGAAAGAGAUAAAACAUCCGCUGAGACUUCAUUCAAAGCUCUGGAUACAGAUGAGGAUGGACGAGUGACAACACAAGAGGUUAUUAACACUGAUCUUCUGGAUAAAAAGUAUAAUGAAGAAGAGGCCAGGGAGUUGCUAGGAGGAUAUGAGGAGUCAGAUUUUGAAGGGUUUUUUUCUGCAUUAUGGAGCACUUUCAAGGAAAAACUUGGUGCCAAGCAGCCCCAGCCACCACCAGUAGAUGGAUCAGUAACAACUGAGGGAGAAGAUAAACCAACAGAAGCAGGUGAUGUACUCGAGUCUCCUCCCCCUCCUCCUCCAGUUGAUGAAAAUUUUGAUGAUGAAGAUCUUCCUGACGUUCCCGGUGAAGAAGAAGACGAGGAUGAAGACGAAGAUGAUGAUGAUGAAAGAGACGAACACGUGGACGAAACCAAACAGGAGGCCGAGAAGAAAAUACCUGAACAAAACCCAGAGGAUAGCAAAGAUGAUGAUUUAAAGAUGCCUGACUAUGACGAGGAAACAAAAGCAAAAAUUUCUGCUGCUGAUGAUGCUAGAAAGGAGUUUAAUGAGGCAGAAACAGCUUCAAACGACGCAGAAAGAGAAAUCAGCGACCUUGAACGAACGUUAAACCUGAACCUUGGUCAGCAAGAAGAGUUUUCACCCCUUCAGGGACAAUGUUUUGAAUACACCGACAGAGAGUAUGUGUACAAGCUGUGUCCAUUUGACAGAGCUUCACAACAGCCCAAAGGUGGAGGCUCAGAGACUUCUUUGGGGACGUGGGGAGAAUGGACUGGAGACCCGAAUAAGUACAGUCGUAUGAAAUACUCUGGAGGACAGAGCUGUUGGAACGGACCUAGCAGAUCAGCCGAGAUAAUCCUUCGUUGUGGCUCAGCCAACGAGCUCGUACAAGUAUCAGAGCCGAGCAGAUGUGAAUAUCUCAUGGAAUUUAAAACUCCCGCAGCUUGUCAAGACAUUGAUAUAGAGGGCGCUCAUGCGCAUGAACAUGGCGGAGAACUGUAAUGUGAAAGGACUUAUUUGUACAGAAUUUUCUACCAGAAACGAAACAAAUAUUGAUACUGUAAAUUCUGAAAACUCUGAUUUUUUCAUAAUUACCAGAACUCAAGUUCUUGCAGGUCUUAAAGGGUGUUAACUGAUCAGAUAUAAGCGGUAACUGACUUCUCCCAGCUGGUGCAAAAAAAAAGAAAGUAGAGACCUUAAAGGAGAACAGUGGUGCUAGGAUCAUACAAACUCCAGAUUCUCCCCAUUGUUGGUAUAAGAAAUGUGUGGAUAAGUGCAGUGAGAUUCUAUAUGUCGAUAACAGGUCAUGAUCUUUCAAUUACAAAAACACAAGUUAAAACAGGCGUGGUGAGAUAUUUGAUACAUGGAUACCUCACGAGUUAGGAAAUGAUGAAGUUACUUGCACCAAAUCAGGAACUGCAACUAAAUCUCAAGCUGGAAUGUCAGACCUCAAUUGGCAUGCGAAUUCGCCUUGCUUUGUAGUUUUAAUUUUAAUAAAAACGAUUCCCUUUGUUUGAAAUAAUGAU